GCCUGGCCUGAGGGAGAUUUGAAAGUGAUUGUCUCUGAUUUUUGGGAUUGGUGGUUCAUUUCCAGUCUUUUGUGCGAGAUAUGGCGUCUAUUCUACCAUUUAUUGGGUGGUCAUUUCUUCCCAAUUAUGCCACAUCCUUCCUCCAGAAUGUCUACUAUGGUAUUACGAUUCGAGCAGGCGACCCUCGCCCUAUGCCGCAGACACCACGCUUCGAGCGCGAUCGCCGCCGCAUCUUCAUCCUCGUGAUCAUCAGCUACCUCUUCUACACUCUCUACGAGACCUUCCACCAAGUCCAAGUCGCGGGCGACUACUACAAAGUGCUUGGAGUAUCACCAUUCGCUGAUGAGCGCACGAUUAAAUCCCGAUUCCGCAAGGUCGCAGCCCAGUUCCAUCCAGAUAAGGUCGGGCUCGACAAUGGAGCCGAAGCACAGUUCAUCUUCCUGCGGCGGGCCCAGGAGACGCUGGCUGAUCCUGUGAAACGGUUCGCAUAUGACCGAUUCGGGCCUGAUAUGUUGAACUGGGGCGAACAGAAGACCAUGCGCGAUUUCGUGACUGCAUCGCUCUCCCGCGCGGUCAUUCCACAGUAUAUCGGAGGCUUUGCGACGAUGAUUGUGCUGAACUGGCUAUGGUGGGCUAAUUGGGGUCGCUACUGGCGCUUCUUCACCUUCGCCGGCAUGCUCACCCUCGAACUCGCCCUAAUCACCCACCCCCAAGCCGUCUUCAUGCCAACCUCCUACCUCCCCUCCAUAAUCCGCGCCUGGAUACCCGAAGAACAAUCCUUCUACCUCCUCCCCUUCCAAAUCCUCACCCUCGCCCGCCGCGCCUCCAUCACCCUCCACAUCUUCAUCUCGCAAAUGGCCCCGCCCACCGCCACCUCCAGCAACAACGGCGAGAGACUAUCCCCGCAAACGAUGCAGCGCAUGAGCCAGCUCGUGCAGUCGGCGCGGGCGACGGAUUUUGAAGCUACGCGCCUGCUGCAGCUUGGACUCGCGCCGUUCCGGGGUGAUCGGGAGAGUGUGUCUGCGUUGCGACGGGGGAUGAAGGAGGGGUUGAUUCUUGGGGGAGUGCGGGCUAGUCCGGAGGUGCAACGGGCUGUUGCACAGGUUGUGGAGAGGAGGAAGGGGGAGAAGGAGGAUAAGGUUGAUUAGAUGGGGAUGAAGGAGGGAUACAUUGUAGACUUGAUUCGUUGUACAUGAUAAGAUAAAUA